GUGUCAAAUCAUUGUGUGUGAAGUUCCCCAUGUCUACAGUAUUUUUGUGCAUAUUGAAGUGGUUUUUGAUUCCAGGUGUAAUUAUAUUCUGUUGAGUACCUUGUAGCAGUGUCACUCAGUAAAGGCACAAUGCAGUAUAUGACAGCAUCACAUUUUUCUAACCAAACUGUUGUGUCAUUAAUUGAGGAUUAUUGUUCUUCUGAGGGGUGUGAAAGGAGAAGGGAAACAUGGUUCUUUAGCUGAUAAUUGUCCAUGGUCAAUGAAGUAAAACCCUGUUUUCACAGAUGAAGAGGAUAUGUGGUUUUCAGUUGAUGUGUAUGUUUAUUUAAAACAUACUUGUUUAGGUUUCUGCUCCUUUAUUGAAAAUCUAAGAUUCUCCAAGAACACUUAAAAAAAAAUCGUACCUGCAACCAUACCUUUCAUUCUUCAUUUUUGAAUGUUCUCCCUUGCUACCAUUACUUCUGUUCUUAAGUGAAAUGUCAUCACUGUUAUAUUUAAUGAACAUAUGGAUGCUAGGUGUUCAAACUUGGAAGCUCAAAUGUAGUGGAUAACGAGUUAUUUGGGAAAGUGGUUAUCAGACAAUUUUGCAUCUAAUUAUAUAUGUUUAUCUAAACAAAUAUACUGUAUGUUGAUCUUGAAACAAAGUUUUAUGGUAUCUUUAUUGUUACUGAGAGCAGAAGAGAGAAUGGUUAAUUUAUUUAUUUCAGUUGGGGGGGGUGACAAACUGAUUGCCUGUCCAUCAGUUUGACUCACUGUAUUUGUCAUAUUACAACCAGGGACUUCAGUGUCUUUAGAGAUGGCCUCAGGUGAGCUUUUUUAAGGGAAAAAAAAUGAGCUUCUCUAAGAGGCCUUUUGGAGUUUGAGAAUAUGUUCUAAGUGGUAACCUAAGAGACACAGCCAUGGAUUUUGCACUUCAUCAACAUGGCAAGCACCAUACUAUUUAAAGACAUGGUUUCCUAAAUCUUUCUAGAAUGUAUUUUGGAUAUAUCACUAUGAGAAAUAAGAGUGUCAGAUUGAACAUUCUGAUUUACUGUCAAAGUUUAAAAAUUCUUUUUGUUUUUGACAUCAAGUUCAUGAGGCUCAUAAGUAUGGCAAAAUUUUGCUAUCACUUCUAAUGUAUCACAAAGAGAAGUCUUUAUGAAGAAAUAUAUGUAAGCUAUGAUGGACACUGCCAUACAAGAGAUUCUUGUUGGAUCUUCAUGUUCCAUAAUAUUUCUCAUCUUGCUUUUAUAUCAGUCUGAUUCAUUGACUAUUCCCUAAGGAUUUCUCCGUCUGACCCCUCACUCCCACCCCUGUUGGAGACAACUUUUAGAGGGGAAAAUAAACCAAAACACAAAACUAUGUCUAUUCCUAAUGAGUCUUCUGGAAGAUAGGAGGGAAAAAAGUCCGACUCCACUAAUGGGCUUUAAAGUACUUGUGGUCAGUUUUCUUGAAGGAAAAGAAUGGUAAGGUUGUCUCAGGAAAGUCUUGUUUUCUGUGAUGGAGUUUAAUAUGUUCUAGUCUGCCUAGAGUUAUUCCUUGAUGCUGAGAUUUCUUGUCUUUUUUGUGAUCUGUGCCUUUCCAGACUGAUAAUUCGCUAUGUCAUGGGAUAGAAAAUUGACAAAGCUGUGUAGAAUAGUUUAAGUUAGUGACUGGAGAAGAGUGAUGCCAUUUCAUGACGCUGCAGUCAUAGAGUAAGAAGUAUAUAAAUAAUAAAUUCAGAUAGCAAAGGAUCGGACGUGAGUUUAUGACUGCAUGGUUUAGUAUAUGGAAACUAGAGAAAUUCAAAAAGAAGUGGGGAGAGAAGAUUGCCAAGAUCUAUGGGUAAAAUCCAGUGAGCUGGAAAAUGUAUCAGCUUGUAUGUAUGUAUGUGCAUGUAUGAAAGCAAGUAUCUUGUGAGAUUCACAUACAUAGGAAGUUGAUGGCUUUGGGAGAAACAUUAGCUAAGUGUUGGUGACCUAUUAAUUGAUUAUGAGAAAAUAGAGAAGAGAGUAGAUAAUGCUAGAAGAAAAUUCUUCUACUGUGUGAUAUGCCAAGACAUCUGGCAGAUGUUAUGUUGGGCCCUAAGGAAUGGACAGUUUAAUUUUAGCCCUAGCAAGGAAAUGGGAAGUUCUAAGCUCUUUUAAUAGCACAACUCUUAGUUUGGGGAAGGUUGCUUAAAAAAAAAAGAAAGAAAGGAAAAGAAGAGGCAUUUAGUGUAAUAUGAAAAAAAAAAUACUGCAGGGAGCAUAAGCUGAGAUUUUGGGAUGUUAGACAAAAUAUUAUUUCCCAAGUAGAAAUUAACAUGGAAGUCAAUUAAAAAUUGACAAAUAUGCACACUAUAAGUGAGUAUACGGUAAGUGAGGGGAAUAUGAGGUAUUUAAUACUGCCAGGCAGAACUUCCGAUUUAGAAGCUAGGUUUGUUUUUUUUUAAUGCCUUAGAGUGAUAAUAUACCUCAAAUAUCCUCUCUCCACCCUCAUUUUACUGAAGAGGAAAAACAUGAAGCAACUUGAAGGAGGUCAGAAAGUUCAACUGUAACAAAGCCAGGCCUAGAACUCAGGUCUGCCUGCAACACAGUGCCCUUUCCACCUCCCCAGAUGCACUUGAUUGACACAUUGUGAAACAGCUGUACUCUUGAGGACCCAGGGCUCUCUGAGAAACUGCUGUCAUACAUACACCACUGGGACAAGAGUUUGGAUUCUUGUUAAUUGAAUUUAACAUUUUAGGGGAUCCCAGGCUGAGCAUGGUGUGUUUCAGUCAUAGUUCUGGAAACAAUUUUGUUCAUGUGACUUUUAGUUAAGCUUCAGCUAUUGGGUUUGUAGCUGUGUAUUUCUCAUAAUUCUUCCUAUUCUUCUCUCUUGUUCCAUCAUCCAGGGCUUGGAAGUCUUUUUCAAAUGCCCUUCUUUGGAAAUUCGUCCGGGUCUAUUGCAACUUACAAAAGUGCCCACAAUUGGACUCUGAGGAUCUGUUUUGCAAUGUGGGACAGAUUUAAAUUGGCUUCUUUCAGAGAUGUCAUUUUGUAAUACUGAGGGGUAACUGAGAGGGUGAAAUCCAGUCUCAAAUAGUUCAUGGUGAUUUUCAAGGGUUCUGCAGUCAUUCAGAUAGGAGCCCUCUUGUAUUUUCUUGGAGACCAAUUUUCUCAUGCAAACCAGUGGCUUACUACUUUCCCCACUAUCCACGAAGUCGUAAUUAAAAUGACUUAACAACACAAGCAAUAUUUAAUCAUGAAUGAUAGGAAUGUACUCUAGGAAGAGUGAAAUGGGUUUCAUUUCUGUCCCCUCUUGGAUAAGCAAAAAUAUUUUGUAAGGAGGAAGAGUGAUGUUUGGAAGUUUCCACGUUUUCUAAGCUUCUUCCAAACGAACCCAUAAAUUCUUAAUCCAGGAGGCAGUCUGGAGAAGGUAGUGCUCAAUGUGGACUUCUGGCAGAAGCACAGUUAACGUUGUAAACAGUUGAACCUCAAUGUGGCACUCCUCCAAAUGAGUUGACUGUCGAAAAUAAAAUGUUCCAGAAGAACUGGGAGAACAGGAAAGAAGUUAAAACAGCAUGGUUUGCAUGCCAGUGCUGAAGGAAGAAGAAAAAAGUUUGGCUUUGUGGGGUGGGGGGCAUUGGAAGGAAGAUAAUUAAGUUGAACUGUCUCCUGGAUUUGUAAGACCUAGCAGAAGUUUCCAAAUGCAGGAAAGUAGAUUUUUAUGAAUUUAGAUUGUAUUUGCAGUUUACUAGGAAGCUUUCCCUUUGAGCUUUGUAUCUGGAGAACUGCACAGAUAAUAAAUGAUAAGUCCAUUGGAAGUAAUUUGGAUUUACAUUUUCUGCUUGGCAAUGCUAACAUAAAAGUUAUCUUCUCCCCAGGGUCCUCUGUCCUCAUCAGUUGAAGCAUCCAUAGAUUUUUGAAAUUGUUGAGUGUGCCUUCAACACAAAGUUGUUUUUUCAGGCUCAGAGAGGUAAAGUCGUGUGGUGGCAAAGGAUGCUGGUAUUGUCACCUACAGGUGCAUUGUCUUUUGCUUCUGGUGGCUUCAAAGCAUUCUUUUCUAAUUCCUAGCUGGAGACAUUGCUUCUUGAGUUAUUCUUGGAGGGAAGAUUUCUUUUCAUGCCAGGUCAUGGGUAUUUUGGUAUUGAUUUCCUUGCUUUCUUGUGUUUGCUUGUUUAGUUCACUUCAUGUUGCUUCUGGAUAUUAGCAAAAUACUUAGGCUGUGCCUGUCCACAUCUUAACCCCCUACCUUCGCUCAAAGGGUAGAACCUGCCUAUUGGGGUGAAGGGAGGGUUGGUAGGUAUUCAUGUGUUAAAAAACUAAAUAAAUACUUGAAGAUGAGGACUCUAUAAUUCAGGAACUUAUUUGUAGGUGUUCAAGUAGAUUUUAACAUAUGCUAUGCAAGGAAAGAUGGGGAAAAUACUACUAGGAAGCAAUAGAUCCUGAUUUAAAUGUUUUAGGCAUUUGCCCAAGGUGAAUAGCAGAGACUUACCUUUGGAUUCAGAUUGGUUAGAGCACAAAAGGAGCUGGAUGCCUAUGGUGGACAACUGUUUCAGAAGUAACUAAGCCCAGGAUUUGUGGGAAGGCUUAUCUGCCACAAAGCCCACCUGAGGAAGGCCACACUCACUGCUGAAGCUGUUGUUUGGCCAGUUAAACCAGAACACAAGCUAAGGCCCUUGAAUUUUGGAUUCUAAUUCUUCUCUUCUCUGUUCAGAUGUAAGAAGGUAAAGCCAUUAUUCUUCAGUUUUGCUCAUCUCUGCUUAGGGCUUCUGCCUUGAGCUGGGAAAUGCUAGAGGCAGCAGGGUGAAAGUUGAUUUCCUCAGAGGGAACAUUUUCCCUCUUAACACUACAAAUGUGCCUAUAACAUUGUACUUAUUACUCAGAAAAUAAUUGUGCAGUGGCACAAUGUGGGAUACUUGAAAGAUGUUUGCUACACAAAGGUUCCAAUACUCACCUGCAGAUUAAGAAAUGGGUUUCUAAACCAUCUCAUUUCUGUUGCUAAUGAAAAGCUUUGGAAGGCACCUAUGAAUUAGAGCUCCAGCUGCUAUCAUGGUAGGGGAAGUUAGGCCUUGAAAGGAUACAUGGAUUAGUCUGUCAGAAAAGCAAACAGUAGCAUCAGCACAAGUAGAAAAUAGACAGGGUUGUUAAGCUAACAGAAAAGUAGGCUAAAGCAUUGCUGUAAUUAUAUGGUAGAAAUUUGCUGGGAAGGAGAGUCUACUUGGAUGGGAAAAGGACAAAGAGGUAGGAGAGUAAUUGACAAGUCAAAAUAGAAGAGGUCUGUCCACUGAGAAGAACCUACAGGAAGUAAGACCUUGCUCUUAAGAAAACAAUACAGCAAGUAGAAAAAGACCUUGUAAUUUGGUACCUAUUGCAUGUGAAAUAUGAAGACCAGAGCUCAGAUCCACAUUCUUUGGUUCCUAAUGUGAGAGGGUAGUCCCAGAUCAUGGAGGUGCUUCAGUGUGAUGGCUGUGAUUUCAGAGCCCCGUCUUAUGAAGAUCUCAAGGCACACAUCCAGGAUGUCCACACAGCAUUUCUGCAGCCAACUGAUGUUGCUGAGGACAAUGACAACGAGCCACGAUCCGGGUCCAUGAAUGCCAGUAAUCAGACAGAGGUGGAGUUUUCUUCUAUAAAGGAUGAAUUUGCCAUUGCAGAGGAUUUAUCAGGUCAAAAUGCAGCUGCAUUGGGGACUGGAAGUUACUAUGGCCACAGUCCAGGAUAUUACGGUCAGCAUAUUGCCCCUAAUCCCAAACCAACAAACAAGUUUUUUCAAUGCAAGUUCUGCGUACGCUACUUCAGGUCAAAAAAUCUCCUCAUAGAACACACUAGGAAGGUGCAUGGAGCCCAAGCUGAAGGGAGUUCAGCAGGACCCCCUGUCCCAGGAUCCUUAAAUUAUAAUAUCAUGAUGCAUGAGGGAUUUGGAAAGGUCUUCUCUUGCCAGUUUUGCACAUACAAGUCUCCAAGGAGGGCAAGAAUAAUUAAGCAUCAGAAGAUGUAUCACAAAAACAAUUUGAAGGAGACCACAGCUCCUCCACCUGCUCCUGCUCCUAUGCCAGAUGCCGUGGUUCCGCCCAUGUCUCUGCAAGACCCCUGCAAGGAACUGCCAGCAGAGGUCGUGGAGCGCAGCAUCUUAGAAUCCAUGGUCAAACCUUUGACCAAGUCUAGAGGCAACUUUUGUUGUGAGUGGUGCAGCUACCAGACCCCCCGCCGAGAACGCUGGUGUGACCACAUGAUGAAGAAACACCGCAGUAUGGUCAAGAUUCUUUCCAGUCUCAGACAACAACAAGAAGGGACUAAUCUACCUGAUGUGCAGAAUAAGGGUUCUGCCAGCCCCACUUCCAACUCCACGUAUCUGUCCAUGAAUGCUGCAAACCGGGAGAUACCCAACACUAAUGUCUCCAACUUCAGGGGCUCCAUUGGCAACUCCAUCAUGAGAACCAAUUCUUCUUCAGCUUCCAAAUUUUCACCCAUGUCUUACCCUCAGAUGAAGCCGAAGUCACCUCAUAAUUCUGGCCUCAUUAACUUGCCAGAGAGAUCCCGUUAUGGAAUGACUGACAUGACCAAUUCUUCUACUGACCUGGAAACUAACAGCAUGCUGAAUGACUCUAGUUCUGAUGAAGAGUUAAAUGAAAUAGACAGUGAGAACGGCCUAAAUGCGAUGGAUCACCAGACAUCAGGCCUGUCUGCAGAACAGCUGAUGGGUUCAGAUGGCAACAAAUUACUGGAGACCAAGGGGAUUCCAUUUAGAAGAUUCAUGAAUAGGUUCCAGUGCCCCUUUUGUCCUUUCCUCACCAUGCAUCGACGUAGCAUCUCUCGUCACAUAGAAAACAUCCACUUAUCUGGAAAGACAGCUGUCUACAAAUGUGACGAAUGUCCAUUUACUUGCAAGAGCUCAUUAAAACUUGGGGCUCAUAAACAGUGUCACACGGGUGCAAUAUCAGAUUGGGAUGCUGUGAACUCCCAGAGUGAAAGCAUUUCUUCUUCACUGAAUGAAAGUGUAGUGUCUUAUGAGAGCUCAAGCAUCAAUGGCAGAAAGUCAGGAGUCAUGCUGGACCCUUUGCAGCAGCAACAGCCACCACAGCCACCACCGCCGCCGCCACCACCACCACCAUCACAGCCUCUGCAACAGCCACAGCCACCGCAGCUUCAGCCACCACAUCAGGUGCCACCCCAGCCACAGCCACCACCAGCACAGCCGCCGCAGCCACCCACUCAAGCCCCACCCUUGCACCCCUACAAGUGCACCAUGUGUAGUUACUCCACCACGACUCUGAAAGGGCUAAGAGUUCAUCAGCAGCACAAACAUUCAUUCUGUGACAAUUUGCCAAAAUUUGAGGGGCAACUCUCAAGCCUACCACUGGAAAAUGAGACAGACAGCCACCCCUCUUCCAGCAACACUGUGAAGAAAAGUCAGACCUCAAUUCUUGGAUUAUCCUCCAAGAACAAUUUUGUAGCUAAGGCCUCUAGGAAGCUUGCUAAUGACUUUCCUCUUGAUUUAUCACCCGUGAAGAAAAGAACUAGGAUCGACGAGAUAGCAAGCAACCUGCAGAGCAAAAUUAACCAAACCAAACAGCAGGAAGAUGCAGUGAUCAAUGUUGAGGAUGACGAGGAAGAAGAGGAAGACAAUGAAGUGGAGAUUGAAGUUGAGUUGGACAGGGAAGAAGAGCCAGCAGAACCUAUCAUGGAGGUUCCCACUUCCUUUUCAGCACAACAGAUUUGGGUCAGAGACACCAGUGAGCCCCAGAAGGAGCCCAACUUCAGAAAUGUCACCCACGAUUACAAUGCUACUAAUGGGGCUGAGAUUGAGCUCACCCUCUCUGAAGAUGAAGAGGAUUAUUAUGGCUCCUCAACAAACCUGAAAGAUCAUCAAGUUUCCAACACUGCUUUGAUGAAUACCCAAACUCCUAUCUAUGGAACUGAGCACAACAAUGAAAAUACAGACUUUGGUGACUCUGGAAGGCUUUACUAUUGCAAACACUGUGACUUUAACAAUAAAUCUGCCCGGAGUGUUAGCACUCACUACCAACGAAUGCACCCAUACAUUAAGUUCAGCUUUAGGUACAUCUUGGACCCCAAUGACCACAGUGCAGUGUACAGGUGCCUGGAAUGCUACAUUGAUUACACCAAUUUUGAAGAUCUGCAGCAGCAUUAUGGUGAACACCACCCAGAAGCCAUGAAUGUUCUCAACUUUGAUCAUUCGGACCUGAUAUACCGGUGUCGGUUUUGUUCUUACACAAGCCCAAAUGUUAGAAGCCUGAUGCCACAUUACCAAAGAAUGCAUCCCACAGUGAAGAUCAACAACGCAAUGAUAUUUUCAAGCUAUGUUGUGGAGCAGCAAGAAGGGCUGAACACUGAAUCCCAGACGCUGAGGGAGAUUCUGAAUUCGGCUCCCAAGAACAUGGCGACAUCCACUCCCGUGGGUCGUGGUGGUGGUAUGCCAGCUACAUUUAAUAAAAGCACUCCUUCAAAGACCUUUACUCCAGAAUGUGAAAACCAGAAGGACUCUUCAGUCAACACCGUUGUCGUUUACGAUUGUGACGUUUGCUCAUUCGCAAGCCCCAACAUGCAUUCUGUCUUGGUUCAUUAUCAGAAGAAACACCCUGAAGAAAAGGCCUCCUACUUUAGGAUCCAGAAAACCAUGCGCAUGGUGUCUGUGGACAGGGGCUCUGCCCUUUCCCAAUUAUCAUUUGAGGUGGGUGCUCCAAUGUCUCCCAAAAUGUCCAACAUGGGUUCCCCACCCCCCCCACAACCCCCGCCACCAGACCUCGGUACUGAGCUUUACUACUGCAAACACUGUUCCUACAGCAAUCGGUCAGUUGUGGGAGUGCUUGUUCACUACCAGAAAAGACACCCAGAAAUAAAGGUUACUGCCAAAUAUAUCAGGCAGGCUCCUCCCACAGCUGCAAUGAUGAGAGGGGCCGAAGGGCCGCAAGGCUCCCCCCGGCCUCCUGCCCCCAUGCAACAGCUGAACCGGAGCAGUUCUGAGAGAGAUGGCCUUCCUGUGGAGAAUGAGAUGUUCUUUUGCCAGCACUGUGAUUAUGGAAAUCGGACGGUCAAAGGUGUCCUCAUUCAUUAUCAGAAGAAGCACCGAGACUUCAAGGCCAAUGCAGACGUGAUCCGGCAGCACACAGCCACCAUCCGAAGCCUCUGCGACCGAAACCAGAAGAAGCUUGCCAGUUGUGUCCUUCUCCCCACCUCCGGUGUGGAGCGGGACAAAACAAAACUCCGAGCACUCAAAUGUAGGCAGUGUUCGUAUACCUCCCCCUACUUCUAUGCACUGAGGAAGCAUAUCAAGAAAGACCACCCUGCCCUGAAAGCCACAGUCACGUCCAUCAUGCGAUGGGCAUUUUUAGAUGGCUUGAUAGAAGCUGGCUACCACUGUGAGUGGUGCAUCUAUUCCCACCCAGAGCCCAGUGGUUUGCUUCUGCAUUACCAGAGGAGGCAUCCAGAGCAUUACGUUGAUUAUACUUACAUGGCUACCAAACUCUGGGCUGGGCCAGACCCGUCCCCUCCCUCUCUCACCAUGCCAGCUGAAGCCAAAACAUACAGAUGCAGGGACUGUGUUUUUGAAGCGGUGUCUAUCUGGGACAUCACCAAUCAUUACCAAGCAUUCCACCCCUGGGCCAUGAAUGGUGAUGAGUCAGUACUGCUGGAUAUCAUCAAGGAGAAAGAUGGUGUUGAGAAGCCCCUCCUAACACCUGAAGAGUUGGCAGGCCCUAUGAAUUGUGAAAAUAGUAUGCCCAUCCCCCUCCCUGAGCAGGAAUUGGAAUGCUCAGAGGAUGCCAGAUUUUCCCCAGAGAAAAGCAUACACCUCACUUCAGCCAACCCCGCCAUAUCCUCCACCCCUUACCAGUGCACGGUAUGCCAGUCUGAGUAUAACAACUUGCACGGCCUCCUCACUCAUUAUGGGAAGAAGCACCCUGGCAUGAAAGUGAAGGCUGCCGAUUUUGCCCAGGACAUCGACAUCAACCCAGGUGCCGUCUACAAAUGCAGGCAUUGUCCAUAUAUCAACACUCGCAUCCAUGGCGUCUUGACCCACUACCAGAAGCGACACCCAGCCAUCAAGGUGACCGCCGAGGAUUUUGUGCAUGAUGUAGAGCAGUCUGCUGACAUUUCCCAGAACGACGUGGAGGAGACAAGCAGGAUUUUCAAGCAAGGGUAUGGUGCCUACCGGUGCAAACUCUGUCCAUACACCCAUGGCACUUUGGAGAAACUCAAAAUCCACUAUGAGAAGUACCACAAUCAGCCUGAAUUCGAUGUCUUUUCCCCUUCACCCCCGAAGCUGCCAGUCUCCCUCGAGCCUGAAAUAACCACUGAAGUAAGCCCCUCCCAAAUCUCCAUUACUGAGGAGGAGGUGGGAGAGGAGCCUGUGUCCACUUCUCACUUCUCUACCUCACACUUGGUCUCCCACACUGUGUUCCGGUGCCAGCUCUGCAAGUACUUCUGCUCCACGAGGAAAGGAAUCGCGAGGCACUACCGGAUCAAGCACAACAACGUCCGUGCCCAACCCGAAGGCAAGAACAACCUCUUCAAGUGUGCCCUUUGUGCCUACACCAACCCCAUCCGCAAAGGGCUGGCAGCCCACUACCAGAAGCGGCACGACAUCGAUGCAUAUUAUACCCACUGCCUGGCAGCCUCCCGGACCAUCAGCGACAAGCCCAACAAGGUGAUCAUCCCAUCCCCACCCAAGGACGACUCCCCACAGCUGAGUGAGGAACUCCGGCGGGCUGUGGAGAAGAAAAAGUGCUCCUUGUGCUCAUUCCAGUCGUUCAGCAAGAAAGGUAUUGUGUCCCAUUACAUGAAGCGCCACCCUGGGGUGUUCCCAAAGAAGCAGCACUCCAGCAAGUUGGGGGGCUACUUCACAGCUGUGUAUGCAGACGAGCAUGAGAAGCCCACGCUGAUGGAGGAAGAGGAGAGAGGCAGCUUUGAGAAAGCCGAGGUGGAGGGUGAAGCUCAGGAAAUCGAGUGGCUCCCAUUUCGCUGCAUCAAAUGUUUCAAGCUGUCCUUUAGCACCGCGGAGCUGUUGUGCAUGCAUUACACUGACCACCACAGCCGGGACCUAAAGAGGGACUUCGUCAUCCUGGGCAACGGGCCCCGCUUGCAGAACUCCACCUACCAGUGUAAGCACUGUGAUAGCAAAUUGCAAAGCACAGCUGAGCUGACCUCACACUUGAACAUUCACAAUGAGGAAUUCCAGAAGCGUGCCAAACGUCAGGAGAGGAGGAAACAGCUUUUGAGCAAGCAGAAAUAUGCAGAUGGUGCUUUUGCAGAUUUCAAACAAGAGAGGCCUUUUGGUCACUUAGAAGAGGUGCCAAAGAUCAAGGAGAGGAAAGUGGUGGGCUACAAAUGUAAAUUCUGUGUGGAAGUGCACCCAACGCUCCGAGCCAUCUGCAAUCACCUCCGGAAGCACGUCCAGUACGGCAGUGUUCCAGCCAUGUCUGCUGCCGUGAAGGUGAGCCGGGGAGCUCUGGAUGCCGAACUUCAGGAGGCUGAAGACCCUUCCCACUUCUUCCUGGAUGGAUUGGAAGCAGCCAAAGAUGCCAGUGGAGCCCUUGUGGGCCGGGUGGAUGGUGGACACUGCUUGCUUGAUGGAAUGUUGGAGGAUGAAACCCGGCCGGGGGGAUACCAUUGCAGUCAAUGUGACAGAGUCCUGAUGUCCAUGCAGGGGCUGCGUUCUCAUGAGAGGAGCCACCUGGCCCUGGCCAUGUUUACCCGAGAGGACAAGUACAGCUGCCAGUAUUGCUCCUUUGUUUCUGCUUUCAGGCACAAUUUGGAUCGCCAUAUGCAGACUCACCAUGGACACCAUAAACCAUUCCGAUGCAAACUCUGCUCCUUCAAGUCCUCCUAUAACAGCCGGCUGAAAACACAUAUACUCAAAGCACAUGCUGGUGAACAUGCCUACAAAUGUUCUUGGUGCUCAUUUUCCACCAUGACAAUCAGCCAGUUGAAGGAACAUUCCCUCAAGGUCCAUGGAAAAGCCCUGACCCUCCCCCGGCCACGCAUUGUGAGCCUCCUCUCCUCACAUGCCCACCACUCCUCUCAAAAGGCUACCCCAACCGAAGAAGUAGAAGACUCCAAUGACUCAUCCUACUCCGAGCCCCCAGAUGUUCAGCAGCAAUUGAACCACUAUCAGUCAGCCGCCCUGGCCAGAAACAACAGCAGAGUUAGCCCUGUGCCUCUUCCUGGAGCUGCUGCUGGCACUGAGCAAAAAGCUGAAGCUGUUCUUCACUGCGAAUUCUGUGAAUUCUCCUCUGGCUACAUCCAGAGCAUUAGGCGCCAUUAUCGAGACAAGCAUGGGGGAAAGAAGCUUUUCAAGUGCAAAGACUGCUCCUUUUAUACAGGCUUUAAAUCUGCUUUUACUAUGCACGUGGAAGCUGGGCAUUCAGCAGUUCCUGAGGAGGGCCCCAAAGAUCUCCGCUGUCCUCUCUGCCUCUAUCACACCAAAUACAAACGCAACAUGAUCGACCACAUCGUGCUGCACCGAGAAGAGCGAGUUGUCCCCAUUGAAGUGUGCCGUUCCAAACUAUCAAAAUACUUGCAGGGAGUAGUUUUCCGCUGUGAUAAGUGUACCUUCACCUGCUCCAGUGACGAGAGCCUCCAGCAACACAUAGAAAAGCACAAUGAACUGAAACCUUACAAAUGCCAGCUCUGCUACUAUGAGACCAAGCACACGGAGGAACUGGACAGUCACCUUCGGGAUGAGCAUAAGGUAAGCCGUAACUUUGAGCUGGUUGGACGGGUUAACCUGGACCAGCUGGAACAGAUGAAGGAAAAAAUGGAGAGCUCCAGCAGUGAUGAUGAGGAUAAGGAAGAAGAAAUGAACAGCAAGGCUGAAGACAGAGAGCUGAUGAGAUUUUCUGACCAUGGGGCUGCUAUUAACCCUGAGAGGCGCUUUCCGUGUGAAUUCUGUGGACGGGCGUUUUCACAGGGCUCUGAGUGGGAAAGGCACGUGCUGAGACAUGGCAUGUCAUUGAAUGACACCAAGCAAGUGAUCAGAGAAGAGAUCCACCCAAAAGAGAUGGUGGAGGACAGUAUCACAAUGCCCUCCAUAGAGGAAAAGGAAGACGAUGAGCCAAUUGGGAUAGACUUUUCCCUAAAAAAUGAAACAGUAGCCAUCUGUGUAGUAGCUGCCGACAAAUCUCUCCUGGAGAAUGCAGAGGCCAAAAAAGAAUAAAAGUUUGGUGAAAUUCUUAAUCAAACCAUACUUGAACCAUGAUGAAAAGUGGGAGGGCCAGCAUGGGCUGAGAAGGGAGGGACAGUAAAGAGAAGACAGAACAAAGCUGCUUUUUAGGACUGAACAAUCUAUUUUCAAAGCACUGGUACCUGUGUGAGUGAGUAUGUAAAUUAAAGUUAUUUAAAUGGUUGGAAUAUGUGGCUCCUUUUCCAUCACUACAUCUUUCCUUCUGGAUCUUCACCAUGGACGUUUCCUUUGUUGUGGAUAUGGAAGCGCCUUCCAUGGGCAUGGUGCACUCCAUGGCGGUCUUGGACAGUGUGUUGAAACAGAAGCUCCGGGACAGUAGAAGACUUCUCAUAGGGGAACAACUUUUGGACGCACACCUUUUAGUGCGUUUUUCUAGUUUUAAUACCUUAAGCUUUUUCAAGACCUAACUGCAGCCGCUUUGGGAAAAAAAUAAAUAAAUAAAACAAAAACAGAAAACAAACAAAAAACUGCUUUGCAUAAAACAGUCACCUGUUUCCUAGUACCUCAAACUUAACCAAGGGAAUUCUCUGCAUUUGUCAGUACUACCUGUCGCCCUUGUGGUUAAAUGUAGAGAGAACUGCUGGGCAAGAUGGUGAAUGGAGAAAAAAAAGAGUUUUAAAGAAAGGAACACAAAUUGUGCUUAAAAUCCCCAUGUGGGUUUUAUUUCUUAAAAUACUGUGAUUUUUUUAAUUAUUUUAGUAAAAAACAAAACAAAAAAAAGAAACAGACUUUAAUUAUUAGACAACUGUUUGUGAAUUAUCAUCCUUUAUUCCAGGUAAGCUGUUUAUUAGUGUUCAACUAUAAUUUAGAAUUUGGUAGAUUCAUGUGAGCUAAUUUUAAGAUUGUGGAGUUUUGUUUGCCACAUGUUUAUUUUCUAUCGAUUUGAGUGUUACAAACACAGCACAAUUCAAUUUUUCAUAUAAAUUGUUUUUUGUGUGUGUGUUGUUAUUGUUUUGAUUUGGGGGCAAGGGAGAUUUAGUUUUUUGUGAAUAGGAAUGUUUUUAUUUUAAACGUGGAAAUAACAAAGAGGUUAACUUUGUUUUUAUUUGUUUCGGGUUUUUUUGUUUUGUUUUGUUUUUAAUUUUUUAUUUAACUAAAGAACCAAACUUUCGGCACAGCUAUGCAGCUUGUGGGCCAGACGAAGAGGUCCUCUUCACCCUUUUGUUACUUGUCAAAUUAACACAUUAUCCGUCUCACAUCAAUAAGUUCUGUUAGGAUGGGCUGGCUUUUGUGUGUGAUUUAAAAUCUGUGUUUUUGUUUGCAUUGUGUUUUACAGGGGGUUCUCAUUUAUUUUAAGGGGAUGAGGGGAUAUGCUAGAAUCCCAUCCCUUUGUCGAGAGUGGAAAACAAAUGACAUAUAUCCUACAAGGAGCCUGGAGAACUACCUUUGGUUUUUUUUGUUUUGUUUUGUUUGUUUUUUAAUCUAGCUGCCAGCUGCUCUGUUUCCCUGUAUUAGUUUUUUCUGGAGGGAGCAGCUUAGACUACAUCUAAGUCUACGUUUAUAAUAUGUUCUGAUUGUGAACAAAGGGUUUCAUUCCAAAAAGUAGAGAAGAACUUUUCUUGAAGCCUAGGUUUUAGAAGCCUGACUGCGUGUGUGCUUGGAUGUGUGAGUGUGUGCAUGUGUCUGUGCGCACGUUUGUGAGUGUGAGUCCUUUGGUUUUCAUGUUUUGUUUUGUUUUGUUUUGUUUUUUAACUUGGAAGGGUUGGGGGAGGGGGGAGGGUAGAAAGGGAAGGGGGAUUGCUGAGAUGACAGUGUCCCACACAGCUUCAAAUAAAAUCCAUGGAAAGAUGUUGCAUUUGUGGAGUAAGUGCUUACUUGAAAAGCAUGUUGUUCUUUUAUUUUUUUUGCAGUUAAGAAUUUUUAUUUGUAGAACAUUUAAUUUAAUUUUUUUCUAGGGAUGGGGGCCAUCAUGUGGAAACCAGAAAAUGGGGAAAGUGUGAAUUAUCUAGACAAAGAUUAAUUUUGUGUCCAUAUUUGUUUUUAAUUGGCCUCAUUUCAAAUGUAUUAAACAGUUCCAUACCUGGAUUGGGUGUUUGUAAUGGUUACCAAAAAACAAACAAAAAAAAAAAAAAAAGGAAGAAAAAGGAAAAAAGAAAAUAAUUGUGACAUGCUUUUAU